GUCAGUUUUGAAAAAAUACUUCUUCAAAUAAUUCUUCAAACAAGCAAUCUUCUUCUUGAUUGUAUGUACCCAUCAUUUAUUUCAUUGCUAGAGUAAGUGUGCAGCGACUACAGCAGCUUUGCAGGUGUUGGCCCCAAAUGGCCAGCCACUCUGCACUUGGUCCGUCACUGACGAGGAAAAGCCAUGUUUUCCUGACUGGACGGCCUGGUGUUGGCAAAACUACAGCGAUUCGGCGAAUAGUCGAGCUAUUGCAGAACGAAAAGAAGCCUCAGGGCGAUGGAGGCGGUGGAAUUGAUGGCUUCUACACACAAGAACGCCGGGAGCGUAGCAGACGUGUGGGAUUCGAUGUAGUAACUCUCAAUGGAGAGCGUCAGUCAUUGGCGGACGUGAUGCCUGAUGCUCCCGACCCAAGUCGACGACGACCUCGCUACGUUGUCGGUCGCUAUGGUGUCAAUCUGGAGAAGUUUGAGCGCUCAGUGCUCCCAAUUCUGCGACAGUACGUGGACAAGUCAUCUAGUCAUGCUCAUGGGCAAGUGCUGAUUGUGGACGAGAUUGGAAAGAUGGAGGCGUUCAGUAAAGAAUUUCUAACGAACACGCGACAGAUUCUGGAGAGCAAUUUUGUCGAGCCGAACGUGAAUGUUGUCGGCACAGUGCCAUCGGCAGGUGGACACUUCUCACGAGAACUCCAAGCGUUGCUGAAGCUGAUUGAAUCUCACCCAGCCUGUGCUGUACUGGAGGUGACUGAGGAGAACCGGCAGAGAAUUCCGGCCCGAGUUGUGGCCAUGCUGCAAGGUGACGGUAGUGUUUGAUCUUGUGCUGCCAUGCGGCCAUGACAGGCCAUAGCAGCUUGGUAUGGUGACCUCACGAAACCCACUGGCUGGAUAGACAUUGGCGCUACAUCAAUAUCAUGCCGACGGCGGAUGUGCCAGACACCGGGUCCUGUGCAAGUGGCUUGUAGUCAUCAAAGGGAUCCAAAUGAGUCCUUCACAAGAUAGAUGUACAAGUGCGAUCGUUCCGAUCCCAGUAUGCCGGUACUAUGAUGUCCAUCUUGAAGUUAGUGACUUCCUAAUCCUGGCAGUAUCAACGUGUCAACAUUUUUGGCCAUCAUUGAGGGAUAGCGUCGUGCUUUCUUUCAUCGAACGAUGCCUAGUGGAUGAUUCGAACGAUGACUCUCGCUCAGGCUAUGGUGGAAUUACUUGGAGUAGCCGCAACUAUGUAGACUCAGCUUCCUGAAGUAUGCCAUCCUUGCUGUUCAAUUUACUCAUAUGAGUCCAUCAGUGGCAUGGCAGACUUUCUAGUUUUGAUCAGAUGCCUAUCCACGGAUGCAAUAAUAUGUCAGCUGAUGGGAAUCCGACUAGUCAGCUGCGAGUGAAUGCCUGGUGAUUGUAUGCUGUCAAGUCACAAUGACGGGUGUAGUGAUCAUGUCUGCACAGUAUAGCCCGGGCGGAAUGAUUCUAUGACCGCAGACACCUAACAGUUCCAACCAAGGGAACGGCGGGGGAGCAGCUACUGUGUUAGCCUCGGUGGUGUGAGUAUGUGUGCAUCACUGAAAACUCCCCUUGCCAUAGCUGACUCUUAGUCUUACAAUGACAAAGGCAUGUACAGUUUGAGGUGCAAGAGUAUCUCAUUCUGUGGGGCAACGGUUUACUUUGCUGUAGCUGGACUCUGUGCAGUAAUGACUUUUGCAGUGCAUGCAUUGUCAUAGUAAUUAGAAUGGUGUUGCUAUUGACGUUAUGCGACGUGCAGAUUUUGCAUGGCUGUUUGCUUUCAAUCCACUUCUUUGUGCCAAAUCUAGUUUAUUUGUCUUCACCGUCAUGAUGCCCUGUGAAUUAAAUGCGAUGAUUUCUAUCUGGUGUCACAAUGGUGUUAUGAUUUUGAAAACCUUCAACUGGGCGAGGCAGAAUGUACUUGUAUGAGGGAAAUGGCCUGGAGAUCAGUUUAUUUGUUCGGUAGAGGUGAAGGGUACACACAUCUUGUGAUGGA